GCCGGAUGAAUAUGACGGCACCUCUUUCACAAGAUGGCCGAAUGCAUGGAGGUUACCUCACUCCCUGGUGCUCCAGAUGGCAGUGCAGCAGCCAAGGCUGAGGCUGAGGACAUGACCUCCAAGGAUUAUUACUUCGACUCCUAUGCGCACUUUGGAAUUCAUGAGGAAAUGCUGAAGGAUGAGGUUCGCACUUUGACCUACAGAAACUCCAUGUACCACAACAAGCACCUCUUCAAGGAUAAGAUAGUCCUGGAUGUGGGAAGUGGGACUGGCAUCCUGUGUAUGUUUGCAGCAAAGGCUGGUGCUAAGAAGGUUAUUGGGAUUGAGUGCUCCAAUAUCUCGGAAUACGCUGAGAAGAUAAUCAAAGCAAACAACCUAAACCAUGUUAUCACUAUAAAAGGCAAGGUGGAGGAAGUAGACUUGCCUGUGGAGAAGGUGGACAUUAUCAUCAGUGAGUGGAUGGGCUACUGUCUUUAUGAGUCGAUGUUGAACACGGUUAUCUACGCACGGGACAAGUGGCUGCGACCAGAUGGCCAUUUCCCUGACCGGGCUGCUUUAUACGUCACAGCCAUUGAAGAUAGACAGUACAAGGAUUAUAAAAUCCACUGGUGGGAGAAUGUCUACGGUUUUGAUAUGUCCUGUAUCAAGGAUGUGGCCAUCAAGGAACCACUGGUGGAUGUGGUGGAUCCCAAGCAGCUGGUAACCAAUGCCUGUCUCAUCAAGGAGGUGGACAUUUACACAGUGAAAGUAGAUGACCUGUCCUUCACAUCACCUUUCUGCCUUCAAGUCACACGCAAUGACUACAUCCACGCACUAGUGGCGUAUUUCAACAUCGAGUUCACCCGUUGCCACAAGAGGACAGGAUUCUCGACAGCCCCUGAUGCCCCUUACACUCACUGGAAACAGACAGUUUUCUAUAUGGAUGACUAUUUGACAGUCAAACGAGGCGAGGAAAUCUUUGGAACUGUUGGUAUGAAACCCAACGCCAAGAACAAUCGAGAUCUUGACUUCACCGUUGACAUUGAAUUCAAAGGCCAGCUGUGUGACAUGUCCAGUUCCAUCGACUACAAGAUGCGUUAGAUCCACCUCUACCCACCCCUCCAGCCAUACGCACCGUCCACGUCGUACCAUUUGCAGGCUCGAUUGCAACUACUGUAGUAUCCGAUAUGUAGAUAAUCUUGUUUUCAAAGGAAACUGUUAUUUGGUUGUGUGACUGACCUGUCCUUCUCCACAUUGGUUGACAUCCAUCGGCAUAGCGACUGGGCUGUGGAGUGGUGGGAGAAAGAGAAGUCGUCUAGAAUAAUAGUUGCCACUUGAGUUACUAUGGAACCAUUCUUACGCUGCUUUACUGUUUUUGUUUGCUUUUCAAACAGAAACAUUUUAAUGCAAAUGUCUGAUUCUGGUCUAUCUUUGUGGGGGAGGGGGUUGGUUAAGAUUAGAUCUAGGUUAUCCCGUGAAUUGAGCUGUGAUUUUUUUUAAAGGAAUGGUACUUUAGUUUUCUGCGAAUUCUCUAAUUUGACAAAUCAUUCAUCCAUCAACAAAGCAGUUCUGGCACAUCUUUACAAGUGGAUCUUAAUUCUGCGUACUCUUUUAAUAACUUAUUUGGGACCUUGUUACUGUUUGGAGAACUUGUCUCUAGUGGAGUGCAUCUCAAUAUGCAGUAAUGUUAAGAAGGAUGUUACUGCAGUAACAAUCUUCAGAGAGAAGGUGGCAGAAUCUAAGUGUAAACUGUGAGAUCUCAAACCCUAUCUGGGCAAAUGCAGUUGGCUUGAGGAAGCUGUUCUUGGUGGUUGCUAGUCAUUUUCUGACUUGUUUCCAGAGGUGCACCUGCCAUUUCUGUUGUGCCUUUUUUUCUCUAUUUUUUUGUUAGUGGUAACAUCUUGUGUCAAAAUUUGACUUGCUACAAGGCACUCAAUCAUUAACAGGGUCAUCAUGUCCUGAGAUUGAGCAGCUGCUGAUUUCCUGGUCCCUCUGAUUAGUUGUCUCCAUCCCCUUUUUAAAAGUAUCUCAGUAUAACUAAAUUUAUUUUUAAGGUCUUGAAAUCAAAUGAUUUUUCUAGUGACUUGCCCAUCCAGUAAAUCGUCAACAUUUUGAAAUUCUUCCACAUGCGUUUUGUUACAGAAGCUUUAAGUUUGGUGUUUCUCAAGGAAUUGCUUCGUAACCUUUUAGCAGUAAUUUAGUGACUCAAGUCUGUUGAUCUACUCAUUUAUCCUGUGCACGAGGCUCUUGCUCAUAGAGCCUCCAGGUCUGAAUGUCUAUGAUGAAGGCUUGUGACAGUGUGCUUGUCUUUCACAUUGCAAGAGUUAUGUUACUGUGAAAUUUGGCACAGCCAAGCCAGAGGUUUCAUAAUCAUAACUACCUUUAGCAAAUCAGACACUUGGUUAAUUGGGGUUUGUUGCAUAGUUAAUUGGGUCAUCUGUUCUGAAACUCGGGAAGAGGAAAGAAAAUUUUGAAGUUGCUUUGAACAGGGAGGUUCUGUUUAAACAUUUCCUGGUAGUGGAUCCUUGGUGCCUCAUAAAAUUUCCACUAUGCAGAGAAUUGUUUAGAAACCAGAAGAGAAAUAGUUAUGCUUCCCUCCUUUCUCCCAACACCCUGAGAAAAUCACCUCUCUUUUCCUCCCAACAAAGUGUACUUGUGUUUGGCAGGUAAUGGUUGUAGCAGGUGGGGAGCUUAAUUUUUAAAAAACAUUGCAAGUGACGACUCCAGCAUACACUAGGGGUUGUAACCUGUGAAAUUAAAAAUGAAUCAUCGUUUCUUUAAAACUUGAACAGUUAUCAUUUCAGCAUAAUCCAGUCUCAGUUAAUGCAGCAUUUGGGUGAAGAAAUGGGGUUUUGUUAUUUUGGCACAUGAGACAAGUUUUUGGCUUAAAACACUAAUGUUUUUUUCCCCCUUCUUUCCAACUGGCCUGUACUGUUUCAAGAGCCAGCCUUAAAGGUGGAUGUCAUUUAUGAUGGGUGAUUUCAUCACCCAACCCUCCAUUGAAUGCAUGCACACUAAAAACAUGUUUUACCUUUCCAGCAGGUGCUUCCUGAAUGUGACCAAUGUUGACAAGCUCCCCUGCGUGUGGUGACAGUGUCCACUUUUGCUUGUCUGCACUCCAAGCCAGAGCCCUGGCUGACUUAUAACUUUCUACCUGUUACAACUUCAAGUGGCUUGAGCUAAAUUUAACCCCACUCCUUCCUUGCCCCCCCCCCCCCCCCACAAUGUGCUGCUUAUCUUCAUUGAGUUUUGCAUAGACGUGUGGCUCUAUACUAUAUCAGUGUUGUGCAACUACCGAGUUAAACCAGUGCCAGUUCCAAAAUAAUCCUGUCACUUUAUAUUGGGCAAGACUGUUCUAGGGCACCAUAUCACUGGUGCAGAUGCUUGUGACCAAUUGUGCUGGGGAGGGUGGGAGUGGGGUGGGGUGGGGGGGGGGGGGAGGUGUAUGGGUGGAGGGUGGGGGUUGGGGGAGGAAGAGGGGGUUGAUGGUGUUAGUUGAAGCUGGUUGACUACAUUUUUCAGUGCAAGCCUGGCCUAUUAAGCUUGCUCAACAGGUCUGAAAAUGAAAUUAGAAACUCUUUGGAAUCUUGAGUGCUGCCUUGCUACAGGUUUUCUUGAUGUGUGGAUAUAGUGUUUUGGAUAUGGACAACAUGAUAUCCAAAGACUGCGACCAAGCUUUGAAUUGACUGCCAGGAAUGCUGCUUAGACACUGCCAACCAAGGCAUCAUUCAAUGAGUUGAUCUGCAGUGGGAAGCUGGCAGCAUUUACUUACUGGGGUGCAAUCGUGCAUGUCCAGUGUUAACUGAGCCAAGACCAGGGUUGUUUAGUGGGCUGCUGUGAUGGCUCUGUGAAUUGCCUAUAAUUCCUUCUGAAACCAGGAUCAGGCAAAUUUUCAUCAGGACAAAUUGGAAGCAGGGCUGUAGUAUCAGAUGACGUUUGAAUUGGGCCUGGGAACCUGAGGAAUGGGUUGUGCACUGCAGCCACAAUAUGCUUGGGAUUCCUUUUUCACAGGGAGAAGGAACUUCAUUCCCCACUCCGAGCUUUAAAGGGGCAGUUGCAUUUUGAAAGCUUUGUUGCAGUCAUGACUUGUACUCAAAAUCUUUUUAAGUAUUAGUGCAUUGGGACUGUCAUGUUGGUCUUUUAAACCCCCAAAAUACCAACUGGCAAACAUUGUGGCUGUGUAGUAAAUUAUGUUUGUUUUUUUUAUAUAUGGUGACAUUCAUUGAGAAUAAAAAUUUGACUUUA